AUGGAAACACCUAGCGACGUCUCGACGAUCCAGCUAUUGCUGGUUCGACUAGCUCUACUCUCUACGACAGCCAGCACACUUAUGAGACCAACAGGACCCACACUGAAAGAUGACAUCAAGCAGAACCUCACAUUCUUCUCGCCCAUCAACUCGAUCGCAAAAGUGUUAUGGCUAUUUGUUGUCCUCAUCAGCCUGCGUCUCCCCAGGAUCAUGAGCACGAAAGUGAUAGUUUGGCUUACACUCACACUCUGCGCACAUUGGCAGGUUUGCGAGGCCGACUCGAGCAAACACAUGAAACAUAGGGCGUCAGUGCAUUUCGCAAGGCGGGCGAUACUUGUGGGUAUCACGCUACCGGCAUUUAUGGCAAUGAUCCUGCUCGACGAUCAUCGAUGGACACAAUUCUUUAUGGCAUGGUUGGUCGGAGAUGCCGUUGUGACCGAAGCUCUCACGCUAUUUUCACUGCCUACGCCGGGGACGAUCUAUCUUCACAAGGACUGGCCCGAAAUAAUACUGUUGAGUUCCGAAUUGGGGCCAGUAGAGAUAUCUACCAAGAUUGAUUGUACUUCCCUCAAGGACGAGAAGAAGCAGAAGGUUGACCAGAACGACAGCACGGAGCAAGAAGGAGAAGAAACCCCCGGAAAAGAACCAUCUUCUGGCCAAACACAGCAACAGGAACCUGAACAACUGUUUCCCCAAAAUCUUUGUAAUAGAGUACAGCGACUUUCGGAUUCUUUGCUAGGGGCCGACGUCGAAGCCAAUAUGGAACAUGAACCUAUCAAAAACGACAUAUGCACUAUGCUCCGUCUUUUAUAUCCAUUCCGGAUAACCUGGACAUGCAGACAUCGGCUUUGUUUGGUAUACAAAGCUUGCAGCUUCCUCGCGCCCCUAAUGCUGCUGAUUCAGAGGCAAGCAACAGCCAUCUUCAUCUUCUGGCUAUUUGCUAUUGACAUCCAGCCCCUGAUACCACCUCUCGUGACCGUGAUUGAUGAGACUUAUCUCCUACACCUUGUGUUAUUCAUCGUAUACGAGACUUUCUUUGUUGCAUGUGUCAGCUUCUUCACUAUCAUCGCUCUCGGAGUUUUCCUUAAAAGAGUCCCGAAAGCCCAAUCGAUCUUCGACGCGGUCUCUAACAGUCUAGCUCGUCGAACUGGGUUUCAAACCCGGCGAGUAAAGGUUCACAUCACAUCGGCAUUCGUCAUUUGGCCCUUGCAGGCGUAUUUUUAUUGGAUUAAUCCUGUCCCCAUGACCGAGGAGAGACUAUCAGUCUUUGUGACAUUGCUCUACUUUGCGUUAAUGACCAGCAUCGCCUGGAAGAUUUCGACUAGAAUUCUUAGCAGAACCUCAGAAAAUGAUGGAGAUGAUAAAAAUACUUCGACCGAUCGUGCACUGGUGGGUAAAGGUACAGCUUCUAAGGCUAAGGCUGACAUAGCGUUCUCAUUGAUGUUUGUUCCGGUCGCAUUAUGGUUUAUUUGCGCGAGGUUCUGA